GAUUCAUGUUUUGGUUUCAUAAUUGCUUUCAUUGACUGCAUUCAGGAAUCGAGUGCUUGGCAUCGGAACUUCUAGAGCUUGUUGUGCUAAAUCAGAAGUAGCAAGUUGUUGUUUAGAUGUCAAAGCCAGUAAUGUUGAUUCUCGCCUAGUAGCAUCUGAUGGAUGCAUCUCUUUGAAGAGAUUUUACAGUGCAGCACAUGGUUCCCCAAAUUUUUUUAUGGGGUGUUGCCGUUUUUCUUCACAGGCUGACACAAAAAGCAGUGCACAAGAAGAAGAUGAUUUGGAGGAUGGGUUUUCUGAGCUUGAGACUGCAGCUAGUGCUGCUGAUGUGGUUCAAGACAGCAAUGUUGACGAUUUAAACGAAGAUCAAUUGAUUUCCGAACCAGAGCUCUCUGAAGAAGAAGAUGAUGGUGAUGGUGUAGAAGAACCUCAAAAUGAGCUGGAAUUAUUUGAUAUUGAGGCAGAAGUAACUGAGAAAAGACCUCCACAAAUGAGAGCUUCUUCGGCAUUGUUCAAGGCUAUCAUGGCUGCUCCAGGUUUGUCUGUUCAAAGUGCUUUGGAUAAGUGGGUUGAGGAGGGAAAUGACUUGAAUCGACCUGAGAUAGCCUUGGCCAUGCUCAACCUUCGGAAACGUCGGAUGUAUGGGAGGGCCUUGCAGUAAUUUAGUGGCCAACAACUUCACAAUGGAAAGUUCAAACAACAGCAUGCUGAGACGACUUGUAGAGGAAAGAAGAGCUUGCCAAGAAACCAAACAUGACAUGCUUGGUCUCCUAAUGAAUGGUGGUGAAGAAAACCUAUAUAAUCUAACAGAUGAAGAGAUAAUUGAUCAAAUGAUAGCAAUUUUGUAUUCUGGAUACGAGACUGUAUUCACUCAAAAAACUUACUAUAUAAGAUUUCUAUUGGAAAUUUAGUCCUCUUAUAUGUAACAUAUUUUGACUGAUAGCAAUUUUGUGGCUUUUUAUACAAAGUAGUAAUUAAUUUUUUGGUU